CACUUGUGUAUCGUCUGAUGGCGAUUGUCUCGCCUUCUGCUGAUCUUGCAGCGCUACUCACCUUCCUCAUCAUCUGCCUCAUCCAUCGUUGCGGCGCAGGCGGCUAUGACGCCGAGUUCUACCACCCGGUAAUCCUGAUCCCUGGUUUCACUUGCCCCAACCUGGAGGCGCGGCUCACCGACGCCUACGCGCCGUCGCUGCCCCGCUGCGGCGCCUUCAAGGGGAAGGGGUGGUUCCCGCUGUGGAAAAACACGUCGGACCUGGUCCGGCAGGACUAUGUGCCAUGCUUCGAUGAGCAGAUGCGCCUUGUCUAUGAUCCCACCCUCAACGACUACCGGAACCUUCCCGGCGUCGAGACGCGCGUGCCGGACUUCGGCUCAGCCCACGGGUUCACCUCCAAGAACGAUUCGAGCCGUACCCCAACUUGUCUGACAAGGGUGCGUGAAGAGCUUGAGUUGCUUGGGUAUCGUGACGGCAAGACCCUUUUCGGAGCUCCCUAUGACCCACGGCACGCUCCGCCGCUGCCGGGGCAACCAUCUAAGGUGUACUCCGACUACUUUGCUCGUGUCAAGGACCUGGUGGAGCGUGCAAGCGGGAAGAAUCAAAACAAGCCGGUCAUCCUCGUUGCGCACAGCUUUGGUGGCAAGGCCAUCCUCGGGUUCGUCAACAGGACUCCGAUGCCAUGGAGGAAGAAAUUCAUCAAGCACCUGGUCCUCAUAUCGCCCACACCUCCAGAAGGCUUCAUGGGGGUGCUCACGAACCUCGCCUCGGGACCGUCCUUCCUCGUCCCAUCGGUUCCGCCACUGCUUCUGCGGCCGAUGUGGAGAACCUUUGCGAGCACACUUUUAUCCCUCCCAUCUCCUAUGGCAUUUGGUCACAGGCCAAUCGUGAUCACCAAACAUAGGAACUACUCGGUGUAUGACUACAAGGACUUCCUCACGACACUCGGUUUGAACACCCAGAUUGUGCAACGAGUGCUUUCGAUGAAGUUGAGAAUUGACCCACCAAUGGUGCCGACGACGUAUCUCAACGGUGUCGGCGUCAAAACGCCAGAGCAGGUGGUGUACCGGGACGGUAACUUUGAUGUGCCACCCGAGAAGGUAUAUGGCGAUGGAGACGGGACCAUGAAUUUGUUUAGCGUGCUUGCGUUUGUGAAGGAGCUGAGUAGGCAACAACAAGUUGACAUACCCUUCAAGUUCAUCGAGAUUGCUAAUGCUACACACUCCGAUAUUGUUGUUCAGGAGCAUUCGCUCAAGAAGGUCAUGGAUGUAAUUCUAGAAGCAAGUCGCUGAAAAGUCGUCAUAUGAUAUUGCGUCUUUUUCAGUAUAUUAUGGACGUUCCAAUAUGAUCAUGUAAUUGGGCAUUGUUUUUAAAAGGGGGUUCAUUCCAACCUCUGCAUCAACUGAUGUAUCUUGACAUUGU